GUUGGUAUACCUUAUCCUAGCUUUAAAGAUGUCCAGGUGAAACUAAAGAGAGAAUACAAUGACAAACAUAAGAUUGAUAGAGGACUUCUAAGUGGAGGUGACUGGUAUGAAAUCCAGGCAUUUAGGGCCUUAAACCAGGCUCUAGGAAGGUGUAUAAGACACAGAAAAGACUGGGGAGCUUUGAUCAUUGUUGAUGAUAGAUUUGUUAAACGAACAGAAAAAUAUUGCAAGAGUUUGUCAAGAUGGGUAAGAUCCAAGGUACAGACAUUUGAUGUGUUCUCCGACUUUCUCACGUCCAUGUCAAACUUUACUGAGAAAAUGAUCAAAGAAAUGCCCAAAGUGAGUCCAGACACAUCAUUUAUUCCCAGUACACCAUGUGACGACAGAAGAGUUUCUGUUUAUAAGAGACAUUCACCAGAUAAUUCAUACUUAAAUAGUACUAUACAGGCUUCACCUUAUUUCACAAGUCCACCAUUGAGUCAGUCUCCAGAUUUGCAAAAUCUAUUUAGAACUCCUGAAACCUCAAGCAAGAGAAGAUCAGUAACUAGCCCAGCUGCUCCAGUGUUUACUGGAGUUACCUCCCCUACAGUACACCAGCAGGUGCUUGCUGGAGUUACUUUCCCUACAAUACAUCAACAGGUUCUUACAGGAGUAACCUCCCUUAAUAUACAGCAGCAGAUUCUGAAUGUGAUUAAUUCAGGGACAGGACCAAAAGAUCAGCCAUAUUACAUUAUUGUAAACCAAGGGACAUCGAGUGAACAAACAUUUCUAUAGAACCAAACAAACAUGGAGGCAAUCAGCAGAUGCCCGCCCAGAUGCCAUCAAUGGUUCCUCCGAUUGUACCCUUAACACAAGCUGCAGGUCAGCAAGUGGUGUUGAACAUGCCUGGAACCAGUCAGCAUCAAACUAUUUUACUGGCAAUGCCUCAAC